UACAGAAAGCUAUCGUAUUGUCACGUGAUAUGCACAGUAAAUUGAACGCGCUACAUAGUAUGUAGCUAGCUAGCUGGCUUGUAGUGUUUGUUCUGACGAAAGGGUGAAAAUAGGCUACGGAUAUUUCAUAAAUCCUAAAACUUUGAUAUACACAUACGCCCUACUGUAGAUCAGAAGUUAAACUGAAUGAAUACAGACUGAAUUUCACGUUAUAAUAAUCAACGUGAGCCUUUGUGUUUCCUAAGUUUAGCAACUAAGUUAGCUUGGCAGCUGGUCUUUAUACGAAAUUGCAGUCAUGGCAUUUCUUCAGGGUCUGGAUUCACACAUCGUCAUUGUUGGCUGUGGAAUUUCUGGCAUCGGAGCCGCUCAAAAGCUGCUGAAUCAAGGUUUUCACAACGUACGUAUCCUUGAAGCAACUGGAAGAUGUGGUGGAAGAAUACGAACGGGCAGGAUAGGCAGCAAAACAGUGGAGAUCGGUGCCAACUGGAUCCACGGCCCGUGCCAGGACAACCCGGUGUUCCGCCUGGCCUGCCGGUACGACCUGCUGGACGCGGCGUCCACCAGCGAGGAGAACCAGGCGGUGGACGUCGGGGGCCACCCUCCCUACGUGUCCAACUGGUUCUCCAGCUCGGGCCGGCGGCUGGACCCCGAGCUGACCGAGCCGGCCGCCGCGCUCUUCCAGAGCCUCCUGCUGGAGUGCCAGGACUUCCACGCCAGCGGGGGGGAGCCCGCGCCCAGCGUGGGGGCGUACGUGAAGGCCCGGGCGCCGGGCCUGGCCGCGGCCGAGUGGCGGGACGACGGGGGGGCGGCCAGGGACCUCGGGCUCGCCACGAUGAGCGCGUUGCUCAAGCUGGAGUGCUCCAUCAGCGGCACCCCCUCCAUGGAUGACGUGGGCCUGGGGGCCUUCGGCGCGUACAAGACCCUGCCGGGCCUGGACUGCACCUUCCCUGCCGGUUACGAAGGCUUAAUCGGCUGCAUGAUGAAGGAGCUCCCGGAGGGCAUUGUGUCCUACAACGUGCCGGUAAAAUGUGUCCACUGGAACGGUUCUGUCCAGAGACCUGGGCCCUGUGGGAGGGCGUUCCCUGUCUGGGUAGAGUGUGAAAACGGAGACGCUGUCCCAGCAGACCAUGUUAUUCUCACUGUUCCUCUGGGCUACCUGAAAAAGCACCAGAAGACCCUGCUGAGCCCCCCUCUUCCCCUCAAAAAGAUGCACUGCAUAGAGAGGAUGGGCUUCGGGACCAACAACAAGAUCUUCCUGGAGUUUGAGCAGCCAUUCUGGGACCCGGACUGCGAGGCCAUCCACUUUGUCUGGGAGGACGAGUCCGCUCUGGUGGACGUGGUGCCGGACGUGGAGAGGUUCUGGAUGAAGAAGCUGGCUUGCUUCACUGUUCUUAAACCCGCCGAGAGGUAUGGUCACCUGCUGUGCGGCUGGAUUUCUGGCCACGAGUCUGAACACAUGGAGUCUCUUUCUGAGGCUGAAGUGGAGAAGUCAGUCACUCAGGUCAUACGCCGCUUCACAGGAAAUCCAACCAUCUCCCCAAAAAGGAUUAUGCGGUCCCAGUGGUACCAUGACCCAUAUACCUGUGGGUCGUACUCAUACUUGGCUACGGGCUGCUCCGGGUUCGACAUAGACACACUGGCAGAGCCCCUCCCACUGAAAGGAUCCAGGACCAAGCCGUUGCAGGUGCUGUUCGCUGGAGAGGCCACACACGACUCGUUUUUCUCCACGGUGCACGGGGCUCUGCUGUCGGGCUGGAGGGAAGGAGACAGGAUCAUUUCUCACUACAGCCCCUCCUCCUUUUCGGUGUCCGUUAGCUCCAAACUGUGAGGAAGAGGUGCCUUAGAGGUGUCCACUGAGAAAA